AGCGACGAUGCAGCCUGUAGAUGGAGGACCCGUGGGGUCUCCUUUGAGGCUCCUGUCCCAGUAAAACCAAUUCUGAACUUCCAAUCCACCCACUAAACUCAGCCACUUCAACGCCAGAGUCCUGGAGCCAUGGAGCUCCCGAAGCUGCUGUACCUGAACUGUACCGGCCGGAGGAACAGUGCCCAAGCCUGGGAAGAGUUCCUGGAAGCCAGCCAGUGCAGGAGCUCUGCUGGGGGCACUACUUUCCUGAUCGUCGCCUAUAGCACGGUGAUCGCCGUGGGGUUGAUCGGCAACACCUGCCUGGUGUUCGUCAUCUCGCGGCAGAAGGAGAUGAGGAACGUCACCAACAUCCUCAUCGCCAACCUCUCCUGCUCUGACAUCCUCAUGUGCAUCGUGUGCCUGCCCGUCACCGUCAUCUACACGCUGAUGGACCGCUGGAUCCUGGGAGAGGCGCUGUGCAAGGUCACCCCCUUCAUCCAGUGUAUGUCGGUCACCGUUUCCAUCUUCUCCCUGGUCCUCAUUGCCCUGGAGAGGCACCAGCUCAUCAUCAACCCCACGGGCUGGAAACCGGCGGUGGGCCACUCCUACCUGGCGGUGGCCAUCACCUGGUUGGUAGCCUGCUUCAUCUCCUUGCCCUUCCUGUCCUUCAACAUCCUGACGGACGCCCCUUUCCAGAAUCUCAGCCUGUCCUUCGAUCGUUUCCCAGACCAUUUUGCCUGCAUGGAGCUCUGGCCCUCGGAAAAGCACCGCCUGGCCUACGCUACCUGCCUCCUCCUCUUCCAGUACUGCCUGCCCCUCUCCCUAGUCCUCUUCUGCUAUUUCCGCAUCUUCCUGAGGCUCCUGCGGAGGAAGGAUAUGGUGGAGCGCUCCAGGGAUUGCAGCGGGGGGAGGAAGUCGGGGAGGAGGAACAGCCACCGGGUCAAUGUCAUGCUGGCCUCCAUCGUGGCGGUCUUUGCCCUCUGCUGGCUCCCCCUCAACGUCUUCAACACGCUCUUCGACUGGAACCACCAGGCCAUCCCCGCCUGCCAGCACAACCUUGUCUUCUCCUUCUGCCACCUCACCGCCAUGGCCUCCACCUGUGUCAAUCCUGUCCUCUACGGGUUCCUCAACAGCAACUUCCAGAAGGAGGUCAAGUCCAUCCUGUACCGCUGCCGCUGUGGAGGGACCCCGGAGAGCUACGAGAACUUCCCACUCUCCACCGUCAGCACCGAGGUCUCCAAAGCACCCACCAGCCAGCCUCGAUGCCUAGAGAGAGAGAGGGAGAGAGACUUUGUUUUUUCACAGUAAGAUUAUUUGGGAUUGUUGUUCUAUGAUUGUUGGAGGAUCUUAUUUGUAGUUUACCUGUCUUAGUCCUUUCAGCCAGCAUGUGACAGACCGUUCCUGGCACUGCAAAGUCCACAACAAACAAUGAACCCCCUCCCAUCACCCUGUUCCACAGACCACUGCAUUACCAACAACGAUAGCACGACAUGGUGUGCGGUCCAGGGAUCCUGAUAUGGCAUCACACAUAUACUGCUGGGAUCAGGGCAGGAUGAGUUUAUCCCAUUGGAAGUCCAUUGGCAUAUCAAAAUAUGACACCAUUUUCAGUGCUAGUCAUCCUAUUGAAACUCUUCCUUUGUUGGGUCUUACUACUUCAGAAAGGACCUUGAGGUCUACUGGCUAACUGCAGCGUCCCUCAGAUGGUCCUGCAGAGCACCAAGCCAAGAUUUCGACGGCUCUUUGGGUUCCCUGGGUGACCCCACCUCAGGUCACCAGAAUGUAUUUGUAUUGCGAAUUCAGAGGAAAUGCCUUCAGCUCGACAGCUGAGGAAACGAAGGCAACGGACAGAUGCUAGUGGAAACUUUGCUGUGCUCUAAUGACCUGACCUACUCAGGAGAGCCCUGUGAGAGGAACACACUCAACGCUGUGGGCCAGUGAUCUGUGGAAAGCUGAGUCACAGCACAGUUUAGUGUUUGAAGGGCGUUUUCUGCCCCCGUUCCUUCUUUAAUGGUGUCUUCUUAAGGGGUGUGCUGAUACUGUCUGAGUUAUGCUUUCAUAUUAAAGGUAUUUAAGUCAUUGUAACUAAUGAAAUACUUAAAUUUUCCAACAUCAUUAGCUCUCAAAUGUGCAGUUUGUAAAGAAGAAAACCGAUAUCUUCAUUUUGAAAAUCUGGUACUGGACUUAGUUUUCAGUUCCCAACAGAUCGUCAGCACAAUUAAAACAAAUAUUAUAUUGGUAAUAACAAAAAGGUAUGAAGGAAUUGGCCAGUUACUGCUGUAAACUCCAGUUGAAUUGGCUCAGUUGAGGUUUGAUUGGGUUAGGGUGAAUUGGUUCAGUUGAAUAGUUAAGCCCAUGGUUGAAAAAAAAAAAGAGCUGGACUGGAAGGGCAGGGUUCUCUGUUGUAUAUCUAGGUCUGAAAUAACCUGGAAUUGCAUUUUGAAACAUGGUAUACUGCAAGCCAUGCAUUUAUUAUGAUGAGUAUUUACUCAUUUAGUGGACGCUUUUAUCCAAAGCGACUUGCAGAGACUAGGGGGGUGA